AUGAGCUUAGCGCUUCUAGGGGGCUACUCCUCCGCCGAGGACGACGACCCCGCCGCCGGCGCCGGCGCCGAGCUGAGCGACUCCGGCGACUCAUCAGCCGAAGAGGCCGGAUCUGACGGAGACGAGAAGUCCGCUCCAUCGAAGCCGGCUGCGAAGCCCCGCCCCCGCGUAAACCCUAGCCCCGGAGAUGGGGACUCCUCGCUGCCCUCGGCGCUAGAUGUCUUCGCCGAGAUCUCCGGGCCCCCGGCUUUCCUCAACCGCAGGGUGGCCCAGCCCGAGGAGGUCGGGGAGGCGCUCGGCGUGCUCGAUCACCGCUCCGACUCCAAGAGGAGAAAGCCGCCACCUCCCGUGUCAGCUUUCUUAGUGGUCUCGAGGCAUUUGAUUGUAGAAUUGCAUCGCUAUAAGGUUGAUGUACACGACGAGGGUUGCAGUCGCAUUAUUGGUGCGGUUGUGGCGGCGAAACCACAGAUGGUUGCCAUCCGUGAACGAGUUAGCAGUGACGUGAAGAAUGGUGCCAAUCCUCCAGUUGCUGUUGUGUCGGCGAAACCACAGUUGGUUGCUGGUCAUGAACGAGUUACCAGUGACACGAAGAAUGGUGCCAAUCCUCCAGGUUCAGUUGAAGGAAAGAGAAAAAUAGGGGCUGCAAAUCCUGGUCCAGAAGAUGCUGCCGAGCUUCUAAGAAUGUGCCUCCAGUGUGGUAUACCAAAGACCUAUUCACACGCGCAAGGAAUGGUAUGCCCUGUUUGCAACGACAGACCGGUGCAGGCAAAAGAGCCGGAGAAGAAGAAGGGUUCUGCUGUCAAAGACAAGGAGAAAGUGAAGAGGAUGAGAGGGCAGUCGUCACAUGCAUCUUGGAAGAGUGAAACUGAGAUGGCUCUGCGGCAACAAUUCGACUGA